AGCCUCGCGUGAUGGCCAGGCCAACGGCACCCCGGUCACGCCAGUACGUCAUCAGGAUGCGCCGGAGAGCGGAAGUGACGCGUUUGUCCCGCGCUGGCUGGCGCUGCAGCCUCUCUCCUUAGUCUCCGGCGGCGGGCGUUUGUUCUGACUCAAAUGGGUGAUGAAAAGGACUCUUGGAAAGUGAAAACUUUAGAUGAAAUUCUUCAGGAAAAAAAACGAAGGAAGGAGCAAGAAGAGAAGGCAGAGAUAAAACGCAUUAAAAAUUCUGAUGAUCGGGAUUCAAAGCGGGAUUCCCUUGAAGAGGGGGAGCUGAGAGAUCACCGUAUGGAGAUAACAAUCAGGAAUUCACCUUACAGGAGAGAAGAUUCUAUGGAAGAUAGAGGAGAGGAGGAUGAUUCCUUGGCUAUCAAACCACCACAGCAAAUGUCACGGAAGGAAAAAGCACAUCACAGGAAAGAUGAGAAGAGGAAAGAAAAACGUAGACAUCGUAGUCAUUCAGCAGAAGGAGGGAAGCAUGCCAGGGUAAAAGAGAAGGAACGUGAGCAUGAACGUAGGAAAAGACAUCGAGAAGAGCAGGAUAAGGCUCGACGUGAAUGGGAAAGGCAGAAGAGGAGGGAAAUGGCUAGGGAGCAUUCCAGGAGGGAGAGGGAUCGUCUAGAGCAGCUUGAGCGAAAACGAGAACGGGAGAGAAAAAUGCGAGAGCAACAAAAAGAGCAAAGGGAACUAAAAGAACGGGAAAGGCGAGCUGAAGAAAGGCGCAAGGAACGGGAGGCCAGACGAGAAGUUUCUGCACAUCAUAGAACAGUGAGGGAAGAUUAUGGAGACAAAGUAAAAAUAAGAACCUGGAGUCGCAGCCCAUUACGACAGCAAAGAGAGAAGCUUGAGCAAGGAGAUGGCAGGAAGCCAGUAAAAGAGGAGAAAACAGAAGAAAGAGACCUGCUUUCAGAUUUGCAAGACAUCAGUGACAGUGAGAGAAAAACUAGCUCAGCAGAGUCUUCGUCAGGAGAAUCUGGAUCUGGUUCAGAGGAAGAGGAGGAGGAAUCUAGCAGUGGAGAAUCAGAAGAGGAGGAGGAGGAGGAAGAGGAAGAAGAAGAGGAGGAGGAGGAAGAGGAGGAGGAGGAGGAGACAGGAAGCAAUUCUGAGGAAGUGUCUGAACAGUCAGCUGAAGAGGUGAGUGAAGAAGAAAUGAGUGAAGAAGAAGAGCGAGAGAAUGGAAAUCACAUUCCAAUUGUUACAGAGUCAAGGUUUGAUCGAGAUUCAGCAGGAAGUGAAGGAGAAGAGGAGGAAGUGGGGGAGGGGACCCCACAUUCCAAUGCAAUGACAGAAGGAGAUUAUGUUCCUGAUUCUCCAGCUUCAUCACCCAUUGAGUUGAAACAAGAGCUACCCAAGUACCUUCCUGCACUGCAGGGAUGUCGUAGCGUGGAGGAAUUUCAGUGUUUGAACAGGAUUGAAGAAGGAACAUAUGGUGUAGUGUACAGGGCAAAAGACAAAAAAACUGAUGAAAUUGUGGCUCUGAAGCGACUGAAAAUGGAAAAGGAAAAAGAAGGCUUUCCCAUUACCUCUCUAAGAGAAAUAAACACCAUUCUGAAAGCACAGCACCCAAAUAUAGUCACUGUUAGAGAAAUUGUUGUGGGCAGUAAUAUGGAUAAAAUCUAUAUCGUAAUGAAUUAUGUAGAACAUGACCUCAAGAGUCUGAUGGAAACCAUGAAACAGCCAUUUUUACCAGGUGAAGUGAAAACUUUGAUGAUUCAGUUAUUACGUGGAGUCAAGCACCUUCAUGACAACUGGAUACUUCAUCGGGACUUGAAGACCUCCAACCUGCUGCUGAGUCAUAAAGGCAUUUUAAAAGUUGGAGAUUUUGGACUGGCCCGAGAGUAUGGGUCACCUCUGAAGCCUUAUACACCUGUAGUUGUGACACUAUGGUACAGGGCACCAGAGCUGUUACUUGGCGCCAAGGAAUACUCCACUGCAAUAGACAUGUGGUCAGUAGGUUGUAUAUUUGGAGAACUGUUAACUCAGAAACCGCUGUUUCCAGGAAAAUCAGAAAUUGACCAGAUUAACAAAGUUUUUAAGGACCUGGGUACCCCCAGUGAGAAAAUCUGGCCUGGCUACAAUGAGUUGCCUGCUGUAAAGAAGAUGACAUUCACAGAGUAUCCCUAUAACAACUUGCGCAAGAGGUUUGGGGCACUCCUUUCUGAUCCAGGUUUUGAUCUCAUGAACAAGUUCUUGACAUACUAUCCAGGCAGACGAAUCACUGCUGAAGAUGGUUUGAAGCAUGAGUAUUUCCGAGAGACUCCCCUUCCUAUUGACCCAUCCAUGUUUCCAACCUGGCCAGCAAAAAGUGAACAACAAAGAGUUAAGCGCGGCACAAGCCCACGACCUCCAGAGGGAGGACUUGGGUAUAGUCAAUUGGGUGAUGAUGAUCUGAAAGAUACAGGUUUUCACCUGACUACCACAAAUCAAGGAGCAUCAGCAGCAGGACCUGGCUUCAGCCUCAAGUUUUAAACUUAAUAUGAGGAAGGAAAAAAGACAGAGCUUUGACUUCAACCAUGCUGUUGAUGAAUGGAUUUCAAAGCACUUCAGUUUUGUUCUUCGCAUCAGGAAGACUGUGUUUUACACAGAAAUAGCCAGAUGUCAUCUUGCUGGGUGUGGAAUAUAACUGCUGCAUUUCAUUCAGGGGACUGGAAUGAAUUAAUCCGAAAAGCCAAGGAUCAUUACAAAAAUUCAAAAAGAAAACUUGAAGUACAAUCUUGGAACUGGUUUUUUUUUUUUUUUUUUUUUUUUUUUACUUUUUUUGCUUGUAAAUUUGUAGAAUUAAAAUCCAUUUUUAAUUGUUUAACAGUGUGAAGGAUUUCAUUUUCUUCACCUGCACCAGACUUGGAUGGUGAUGGCACUAAAUCUUCUAGAGAGGAAACGUAGAGAGAUUUUUCUCUCUCCUUCAUCCCCGUUUGUGCUUAUACAAAUUGAAGCAUAUUGUCAGCACAGGUAGAAAAGAUCUUUUGUAAAGAUUAUCUGUUUGAAUUCAGUUGCUUACUUGAGCAAGAAACCCUAAAGGCAUUUCUGAGGUGUCUCUCCUAUUCUGUGCCUUGGAGAGAGCCAUGUUGUGCUGCGCUUAAUACUUACUGACCUUUUUCGAGAGCACUGAUGGCCCCAAGUGGUUUCUGAUGGAUUGACCACUUCACUGUUUGACCUACUGUAUGUAUAGAUUCACAGUGUCUGUGGUGCAGAACAAGAACUGCAAUAUUGUUUUAUAAAUCCAAAAAUAUUUAAAUCUUUAUUUUCUUCUAUAGGUUGUCUUGUUAAUGUCUCCCCUUUUUCCCCCAAAAGAAAAGGUAGGUGUACUGAAUUUACAGUGCUACCUUCCAUAGGAAUUGUCCUGGAAUGUUGUACUCUUACGCGUUUCUAAUUUAUAACUGAACCGUCCUUUUCAGUGGAGCAGUGAGAAAGGAAUACUAUAAAAAAUUGGACAUUCAUGCAAUUAGAAUUAGGCUCCAAUCCAGUAAAGUGCUUAAUUUGAAUUAUCGGAGUAGUCCCAUUGAUUUCAGUGCAACUAUUCAUGUGCUUAAAGUUAAGCAUUUUAAGUGCUUUGCUCGAUCAGAGCCUUAGCAACAGGAUUUUUUUUUAUACGGAGAGAGAUUAAAAGUAAAAUAUUCUUGGAGGAAAAUAGAAGUGUGUAAAUGGUAUAAAAUAUUUUCUCUUAAGCUUAAUUUUCUAAUUUGCAUUGAAUGGGGGAGGGGAGGGAGAUUUUUAGUCUUGUUACCUGUCUGCUUCUGAACUGCGCUGGAUUUUGGCGAGAUCGCACCGUAUUGGGGGUAUGUGGCAGUUGUUAAUGUAUGGAAAAGCAGGCUCUGUACAACAUCUCUCAGGCUGCAGAGCAGGAGAACAUUUGGCAGUGACCUGCACAAUAGCUGAUAAAGGAUUAAAAAUGUGACUUUAGAUUGUGUGUCAAGCUCCCCUGUAAACUUUGCGCAUCAUAACUUUUGUAUUGUUCCCUUGGCAAGAGCAGCAACAGCCACUCAUGGAAAAAUCGGAUUCCCAGUAACGCAGGAUUAUUUAGAGACGUCAAAGAUUUUUUUUUUUUUUUGUAAAACAACCUUAAAGCUGGAUUAAGAUGGGAAUUUGGUCUGGUUUUGAAAAGUGUGUGAUUCCAGAUGUUCCAGGGGAGGGGAAUAUUGCUACUUGACUCUGUGGAACGGCUUUCCAAAUGGUCUGCCUCGGCUUCAUGUAACAAAGAAAACACGUACUCUUUUAAUUCAAAUGUCUGUUUUUCCAUAUGGAGUGCUUACUGGGUAUGAUCCUAGUUUGACUUGUCCAUACAAAAAAGAUGAAUUUUAUUUAAUAUUCCUGUACACUCAAAGUAGGUAAAUCAAUUUUUUAUGAUAAAAGUGAGUCCUAAGUUUGUUUAUUCGUACUAAAUACAUUUGUAAAAAGAAAAAAAAUGAUUAAAAUAAUAGUGAAAUGCUAAUCAUGUUUCCCCAGCAGUGACUGAUAUUUUCAUUUU